UGAUUGGGCCAAAUCUUUCACUUUUGUUUUUCGUUUUGACCUCGGUCUCUCUCACGCCAUCCUCGUGAAAGCUCUGUCUCUCGCCCACCUCUCGUCUCCGGUCCAGUUGCCUCUCGAGACUCACACCAGGCCAUUGCCACCGCAAAGAAACAUAAGGUUAGCAAACAACAAAAUCGAGAAGCGAUCUAGGUAAUGAUGGAGCUGCUAAUAGCCUCCGACGCAACUCCUCCUCUGUCCGUGCUUGCUACGGCCAAAGUCGCCGGAGUUUCUCUCACGGUGAAUCCAACUCUCACGGCCGGCUCUCCGCCUGUGCUUGUCCUAACCAACGGGCUAAAGCUUCGUGGAACAAAUGUACUUCUCAAGUACCUUGCUCGGACAUCAACAGCCAUUCCCAACUUGUAUGAACGUGAUGCUUUUGAAACUGGGCAGAUUGAUGAGUGGCUGGAGUAUGCCCCUAUCUUCUCUUCAGGUUCUGAAUAUGAGGGUGCAUGCAAGUAUGUUGAUGGGUAUUUGCUACAUCGCACUUUCUUGAUUGGUCAUAGUUUAUCAGUUGCAGAUAUUACUAUCUGGUCAUAUCUUGCAGGGGCUGGUAAGAGAUGGGAAAGCUUAAUGAAGUCAAAAAAGUACCAAAACUUGGGUCGAUGGUAUACCAUGAUAUCUACACAACAUGCUGCUGUCUUAGAUGAACUAACCUCAUCAUUUUCAAAGAAAAAAGACUCAUCAAAGCCCAGUUCUUCAACAAAUGUAACAGAUGAAUCCAACAAAAAGCAGAUAGCUAAUGGAGUUGUUAAUUCCAAUCGCCCUGAAGUCGAUCUUCCACAUGUUGAAAUGGGAAAAGUUUGUCUAAGAUUUGCACCAGAACCAAGUGGUUUUCUCCACAUAGGCCAUGCAAAAGCAGCUUUAUUGAACCAAUAUUUUGCUCAGAAAUACAACGGGAAAAUAAUCCUAAGGUUUGAUGACACAAAUCCUGCAAAAGAAAGCAACGAAUUUGUUGAUAGUCUUAUUACAGAUGUCGGGACUUUAGGAAUAAAAUACGAAAAAAUCACAUAUACUUCCGAUUACUUUCAAAUCCUCAUGGAAAUGGCUGAAAAGUUGAUCAAAGAAGGAAAAGCUUACAUCGAUGACACCCCACGUGAGCAAAUGAAACACGAGAGAAUGGAAGGAAUAGAAUCAAAGUGUCGGAAUCAGAGCAUUGAUGAAAACAUCAAACUAUGGAAUCAAAUGAUCCUCGGAACGGAAAGAGGAUUACAAUGUUGUUUAAGGGGAAAAUUUCCAAGCAUGCAAGAUCCAAAUAAAUCAAUGCGGGACCCGGUUUACUAUCGGUGUAAUCCAAUGCCACAUCACCGAAUCGGAUCCAAGUAUAAAAUAUAUCCGACGUAUGAUUUCGCGUGUCCUUUUGUUGAUUCUUAUGAAGGGAUUACACACGCAUUGAGAUCUAGUGAGUAUCAUGAUAGAAAUCCUCAGUAUUUCCAGGUUCAAGAAGAUAUGGGGCUUAGAAAAGUUCAUAUUUAUGAAUUUAGCAGGUUGAAUAUGGUUUAUACACUUUUAAGUAAACGGAAAUUACUUUGGUUUGUUGAAAAUAGAAAAGUUGAUGGAUGGAAUGAUGCUCGUUUUCCAACUGUUCAAGGAAUUGUUCGCAGAGGUUUACAAAUCGAGGCUUUGAUUCAGUUUAUACUUGAACAAGGGGCAUCGAAGAAUCUGAAUCUAAUGGAAUGGGAUAAGCUCUGGAACAUCAACAAAAGAAUCAUUGACCCUGUUUGCCCUAGACACACUGCAAUCGUAGAAGAAAACCGUGUGUUGUUGACUUUAUUAGAUGGGCCCCACAAGCCAUUUGUGCGUGUGGUCCCAAAACACAAGAAGCACCCUGCUGCAGGGGAUAAAGCCACCACUUUUACAAAAAAGAUUUGGAUAGAACAAGUUGAUGCGAAGGCUAUAAAUCCUAACGAGGAAAUUACGUUAAUGGACUGGGGAAAUGCGAUUGUUAAAGAAAUCAAGAAGGGCGAAAACGGAAAUGUGACGGAAUUAAUUGGGGUUUUGCACCUUGAGGGAUCGGUUAAGACCACGAAACUGAAACUCACGUGGUUGCCUGAGACUAAUGAGCUUGUUCCAUUGUCUCUUGUGGAGUUUGGAUACCUAAUCACUAAAAAGAAGGUGGAAGAAGAUGAGGAUUUUGUGGAUGUGGUGAACACGGAUUCAAAGAAAGAGAUAGGGGCUGUUGGGGAUUCAAAUAUGAGAAAUGUGAAACGUGGAGACAUAGUGCAAUUGGAGAGGAAAGGUUACUUUAGAUGUGAUGUUCCUUUCAUAAGACCUUCAAAGCCGAUUGUGCUCUAUGCUAUUCCAGAUGGGCGGCAAACUGCAACCAAAUAAUAACUCAUCAUUUCUCUACCAUUUCUAAGCUUCAUUUUUUGGGUUGUUGUUGAAUUGAUCUGUUAGUAAACAUGUAUUACAAGAUUUUGGGACUGAUUGUGUUAUCAUUUGAUUUGAUAUUUAUUACCCUUUUUAAUAUUGCAAUUAUUACAA